AUGGUGGCCUUGGCAGUGUUUGUUGUGUUUGCUGUGCGGGGCUACACAGGCGCCACUUUCAUUUCCAAGCAGGGGAAUAAAAAGAUAUUUUCCAAUUUGUCCCUGGAUGAGCGCUGCCUUUCUGCAUCGUUGGUUUGCAAGUACUGGCGUGACCUUUGUUUAGAUUUCCAGUUCUGGAAGCAGCUGGACCUUAGUAGUCGUCAGCAGGUUACUGAUGAAUUAUUGGAAAAAAUUGCAUCCAGAAGUCAGAAUAUAAUUGAAAUCAACAUUUCUGAUUGUCGCAGUAUGUCUGAUACUGGCGUGUGUGUUCUAGCAUUUAAGUGUCCUGGACUUCUUAGGUAUACAGCCUACAGGUGUAAACAGCUUUCUGACACCUCCAUUAUUGCUGUCGCCUCCCACUGCCCUUUACUGCAGAAAGUACAUGUAGGCAACCAGGACAAACUAACUGAUGAAGGACUCAAACAGCUGGGCUCAAAAUGCAGAGAACUGAAAGAUAUCCAUUUUGGCCAGUGUUACAAGAUCUCAGAUGAAGGCAUGACUGUCAUAGCUAAGGGCUGCCUGAAGUUACAAAGAAUAUACAUGCAGGAAAACAAAUUAGUGACAGACCAGUCAGUGAAGGCCUUUGCUGAACACUGCCCUGAACUCCAGUAUGUUGGUUUCAUGGGCUGUUCAGUUACUUCCAAAGGAGUCAUUCACCUCACCAAGCUGAGAAACCUUUCCAGCUUGGACCUCCGCCAUAUCACUGAGCUGGAUAAUGAAACUGUGAUGGAAAUCGUCAAGAGGUGCAAAAACCUGAGCUCUCUGAACCUCUGUCUGAACUGGAUCAUAAAUGACAGGUGUGUGGAGGUCAUUGCAAAGGAGGGACAAAACCUGAAAGAGCUAUACUUGGUGUCCUGUAAAAUCACCGAUUAUGCACUGAUAGCCAUUGGGCGAUACAGCGUGACAAUAGAGACCGUGGAUGUUGGAUGGUGUAAAGAAAUCACUGAUCAAGGAGCCACCCUGAUCGCACAGAGCAGCAAAUCCCUGAGAUACUUGGGCCUGAUGAGAUGUGAUAAAGUCAAUGAGGUGACAGUAGAGCAGCUGGUGCAGCAGUACCCGCACAUCACCUUCAGCACGGUUCUGCAGGACUGCAAGAGGACCUUGGAGAGAGCCUACCAGAUGGGCUGGACCCCCAAUAUGUCUGCCGCCACCUCCUAACACUCUUGCCCAUGCCUGGGCCUACUCAGGUCGUUGAGCAGGGUGGAGAAGUGGGUGUGCUAGAACAGGGAGUCUUUGGGAAAGGUCUUAACCAUCACCUGUCUGUGUCUGUACCCAAGAAUUCUGUUUGUGUCUCGUUUGCAUACUGCACAGCGUAAGCAUGCUUGUUCGCUAUGUCCAGGUGAGCUGGCUUGUCUUCCUAAAAACGGAAGAUUGAGAAAACCACAAACGUCUUGUUUUCCAAUUCAAACAUUUAUUUCUUUUAAAAAGACUUUAUGAAAUCUCAAAUGAGGAAACUUGGAGCUUCUAAGUUCUGCCACAUCUUGAAGAUGCUCACAAAAGGCUGUCUUUUGUGAUGGGAAAUGUACACUUUUGUUGAGACUAGAACAGAAGUAAUACUGCUCUAACUAGAAGCCUGGUACCCCUCAAAAUCUGGGAGUAUGCACCCACAAUCCCACCCUUGGGUACUGCCGUGCUUGGGCACACAUGCUAGGCCAGUUUCUUGGUAAAUUAUUUCCUGACAGAGGAACUUUCCUGGGUCGUGGAGGAAGCAUGCAGUCUGUUUUGGCUGUGCCUAACUCACCGUGCCCACAGGCGGUCAGCUUGCUGUCUUGUGGGUUCCCUAGGAACCAGAGAGGAGAAAGCCUUUUGCCAAUUUGUAUAUGGAGGCAACAGCCCGAAGUCCCCUGGCCAGCUCACAAAGGUUAGCUCUUCAUUAUUCUGUAAAUGCACUCUGUUAAGUAAUAAAUGUUUUAGUUGGUUUUACGUUAACACUGUGUUAGCUUUUACUUAGUGGAUAAUUGCUGCUCCCGAUGUAUUUUAAUGACAUUUGGGGCUAAUCUUAGCAUUAUCCACAUAGAAGCCACAAAUGUAAUUAAUGGUGUGCAGUUAUUUUAAAAAUUUUACAGAUCAUUUCAUUAUUUUGGUAAUUAUGAAAAUAUAUUCGGAGGUGGGGUAGUCCUAUUGAUAGAAGAUUAAUGAAUGAGAUGUAAGUAGACAAUCUUCCUAUUGAUUUUUUUUUUUUUUUUUUUUUUUUGCUUUGGGACUUAGAGCAGGUUUUUUGAAUAUAUGCAUGUUAUAAUUUUGAAUAGUUCUGACACUACUGCAAAGAUCUACUGUUAGCUAAUGUAUGAGUUAAGGAGAGAAUUUAGAAAAUCUGUUCAUUAAGAUUCUGUUUACACUUGCCAGAAAUAAGUAUUUUAGUUUAAUUAAAUAUUACCAGCUUUUAGUUAUGUCAGUACCUCUCAGAAAAUGAGUAUAUUUUUUGAUUUCACACAUCUUUACAGUUAAUUCCUUGUAGGGACUCAGGCUCUAGUAACCUCUCCUGUCUAGAUUUAUAAUCAGGCAGCAGGGAGCCUUUUUAAGCUAAAGAGUGAUUAUCUUUCAUAGUAGGAGAAGCAAAACUUUGACUUUUGAACUUGCUAUUUAUUCUCCCCUUAUGUGGUCUUUGGUCUUUACCAAUUAUAAUGAGGUUUGAGUUUAUUUCCUAUAAGUUCCAACAUUGCUGAAUGAUACUAGCUGUAAGAAGCAGAAAGCAGCCUUACAUAUGAAUGCUAUUUACAUAUGUAUAAUGACUUCUUUUCUGUAGAAAAUGUUUGUUUCCCUUGAAUAUGUAAGCAUGCCUCAGAUUAUGGCAUUUUUUGUUUCAGUCCCAAUCAGUUAAAAAAUCUACUGAGAAAGUACCAAGAAUGCUUUUUUCGUAAUCAAACGGGUUGCUAGUUUAAUUUGGAGGGAAUGAAAAUUGUUUAAGAAAAAGCUGUUUACCAUUAGAAAACUACAUUUCUUCUUAUACAUUGAAUUGUAUCAUUUUAUAUCCAUUUCUCCAUACUAAAAAAAAAUGUUAUUUCAUAAUAUUUUAACUGGUUUUUAACCCAAAACUAAUUUAUAAGACAGUAUGUAUAGUAAUAGUAGCUUGAGUGAAUAAACAAAAGCUUAAUUUUUAUAUAUGUCACACUAUAUUUUAAAUAGUUACAAAAGACAAAAGAAGGGAAAUCCGCCUUUGAUAUAGAUGGUACAGUUUCAGUUCAAAGUUGUAAUAAUCUUUAGAGCGUUGCAGUUUAGUUGUCAAUGGUUUCAGAGUGUAAAAUUGAUUUUUAAGCGUCGCAGUCUUGGAACCUAAAGUCCAGCACUCUAACAGGCUUUAGCUUGGGGGUGGGGAGCUGCACUUACUCUCUAAGAUGCUGACUAAUACAGAAAGCCUGAUGCAACAGAACCCGGAAAAUGGCUUUGGUUCAUUUGUAGAAAUCUGUAGAAAUAUCAUAUGCAGCCUCAAAGCAUUAAUCUUAAAAAGCAGCCAAGAAAAGCAUCACCUCGGGUGAUCCUGUAGAGGAUGUUGAAUAUGCUCUCAUUAGAUGCUUUGAAAUGAGGCUUAAAAUACUUUUUCUGGGCAAUAUAGUCCCUUUUUCUGCUUAGACUGUCAUAAAUACAUGUGAACACAUUUAAUGCAGGGCUUUUUAUCCUCUCCAAAUGUCAACAGUAUUUUCAGAAUAAAGCCUAUGAAACACAUUGCUGUCGUGGAAAAAUUCUGGUCUUUGGUCUUUAAUGUCCUUUUGAGUGAAUAAAAAAAAAAAAUUUUCACCCAGUUUGUAGUUUCUAUAUUUCUGUGAAUCUUUUGACCUUGCAAUGGGUUGCAAUAAAAGAGAAACAAAACUCCA